CGGGAGCGCCUCCGACUGGCAGCUGCGGCGACUCCCCCCUUUGUGUCUGGUCUGCGCCGAGCCGCCGGAGGGGCCUCUCCCACCCCCGGAGGGGCGCAGGGGGGUUCGCAAGCUCGGCUGCCCACCCUUCCUUCCUCGGCCACCUACGUCCGUCUUCCCGCCGCCCCCCCCCCCCGCCCUCGGCCCGCGACGCCCGAGCUCCGCCCGGAGCCCAGAGCUGCGGAGAACGAGGCGGCGGCGGCGGCGGCGGCAGUGGCUUGCUCCGGGUGGCGGGGCUGCCGCGCGUGCUUCGCUCCCUCCGGCCAUCGACGGGAAGGAGACCGGGGCUUCCACGGUGGGACUGCCUCCAGGCGAGUGCGAGCCGCAGGGGUAGCCGAGAGCGAGGCUCCUCCGGGGCCAGCCCCGCACCACCCCGCGUGCCGCGCUCCGCCGGCCGGGGCUAGCCGCGACCCGCCCUCCCCUCCCCCGCGCCCCGGAGGCCCCGGGCCUGCGCGACCCUCGGCGCGAUUUGUCGCCAGGAAGCUCGUGGGCUCGCCCAUGGGAGGCGGGCACCUUUCUCGACCGCAGUCGGCGGUGAGGAUUCGGUGGAUGUCGACGUCCGAGUGAGGGCGGCGGCGGCGGCGGCGGCAGCGACGACGAAGCGAAACUUUUCUCCCAGGCAACCCGGCUCUGUCCUCCGCGAGUCCCGAGCGAUGCGACGCGGGCGGCCGGGCGCCGCUGCCUGCCCGGCUUGGCCCUUCCCGGCCGUGGGGAACUUGUUCUGAAGCCUCCGGUGGACCCCCCAUCGAGUCCCCGCCCUCCACCCCACCCCGCCACCCCACAGCUCCCCCACCCUCACCCCCGGCACUCUGGAUAUGUUUUCUCCCAGAUCCGGAUAUUUUUUUGAUAUCGUGAAACUACGAGGGAAAUAAUCGCGGGGAUUUUCUUCUUCUGGGGCGCUCCCCGCUGGGUCCGCACGCGGACAUGCCUUCUUCAGUUGGGGGAGCCGAGGCACCCCGUCCUAGGCGGAUGAAGCCCCCCAGCCGCGAGGGAGCGAGAUGAAGGGACGUUCUGCCGUGGAAUGGGAGCUCCCCUUCUAGGUCCUCGCAUCUGCCAUUUGUCCUUCCAAACUGCAUCGUAAUCCGCGCAGGAUCCAUCCAGCAGACGGAGGGACCAGCCGCCUCCCGGCCGGAUUUCUCCGCCCGGAUGUACUUUGCAGAUUUCUUUUCUUCGCCCUCCUGCUUCUGGACUGGCCCCGGGAUGACUUCCUCGCCGCAGAGACCCUGUCGGGUGCCCUGGCUACUGUGGGCCGCCCUGCUGGUCAGCACGACGGCUGCUUCCCAGAAUCAGGAACGGCUGUGUGCGUUUAAAGACCCGUAUCAACAAGACCUUGGGAUAGGUGAGAGCAGAAUCUCUCACGAAAACGGGACAAUACUGUGCUCCAAAGGGAGCACGUGCUAUGGUCUGUGGGAGAAGUCAAAAGGAGACAUCAACCUUGUGAAGCAAGGAUGUUGGUCUCACAUUGGUGACCCCCAAGAGUGUCACUAUGAAGAGUGUGUUGUGACUACCACCCCACCCUCUAUUCAGAACGGAACGUACCGUUUUUGCUGCUGUAGUACAGAUUUAUGUAAUGUCAACUUUACCGAGAAUUUUCCACCUCCUGAUACAACACCACUCAGUCCACCUCAUUCAUUUAACCGAGAUGAGACAAUAAUCAUUGCUUUGGCAUCAGUCUCUGUAUUAGCUGUUCUGAUAGUCGCCUUAUGUUUUGGAUACAGAAUGUUGACAGGAGACCGAAAACAGGGUCUUCACAGUAUGAACAUGAUGGAAGCAGCCGCGUCAGAGCCUUCUCUGGACUUGGACAAUCUCAAGCUGCUGGAGCUAAUUGGACGGGGUCGAUACGGAGCAGUAUAUAAAGGUUCCUUGGAUGAGCGUCCGGUUGCUGUGAAAGUAUUUUCUUUUGCAAACCGUCAGAAUUUUAUAAAUGAAAAAAACAUUUACAGAGUGCCUUUGAUGGAGCAUGACAACAUUGCUCGCUUUAUAGUUGGAGAUGAGAGACUCACUGCAGAUGGGCGCAUGGAGUAUUUGCUUGUGAUGGAGUACUAUCCCAACGGAUCUCUGUGCAAAUAUUUGAGUCUCCAUACAAGUGACUGGGUAAGCUCUUGCCGUCUGGCUCAUUCUGUGACUAGAGGAUUAGCUUAUCUUCACACAGAACUACCACGAGGAGAUCAUUAUAAACCCGCAAUUUCCCAUCGAGAUUUAAACAGCAGAAAUGUCCUGGUGAAAAAUGAUGGCACGUGUGUUAUUAGUGACUUUGGUCUGUCCAUGAGGCUGACUGGAAAUAGACUGGUGCGCCCAGGGGAAGAAGAUAAUGCGGCUAUAAGUGAGGUUGGCACAAUUCGCUAUAUGGCCCCGGAAGUGCUAGAAGGAGCUGUGAACCUGAGGGACUGUGAGUCAGCUCUGAAGCAAGUAGACAUGUAUGCGCUUGGCCUCAUCUACUGGGAGGUGUUCAUGAGAUGUACAGACCUCUUCCCCGGUGAAUCUGUCCCAGAACACCAGAUGGCUUUUCAGACAGAAGUUGGCAACCACCCCACUUUUGAGGAUAUGCAGGUUCUUGUGUCGAGAGAAAAGCAGAGACCCAAGUUCCCAGAAGCCUGGAAAGAAAACAGCCUGGCAGUGAGAUCACUCAAGGAAACAAUUGAAGACUGUUGGGACCAGGAUGCAGAGGCUCGGCUCACUGCACAGUGUGCUGAGGAGAGAAUGGCUGAACUGAUGAUGAUAUGGGAGAGAAACAAGUCUGUGAGCCCAACGGUCAACCCGAUGUCUACUGCCAUGCAGAAUGAACGCAACCUGUCACACAAUAGGCGUGUGCCAAAAAUGGGGCCUUAUCCAGAUUAUUCUUCUUCCUCAUACAUUGAAGACUCCAUCCAUCACACUGACAGCAUUGUGAAGAAUAUUUCCUCUGAGCACUCGAUGUCCAGCACGCCUUUGACCGUAGGAGAAAAGAAUCGGAACUCCAUUAAUUACGAGCGGCAGCAAGCACAAGCUCGAAUCCCCAGCCCUGAGACAAGCGUCACCAGCCUGUCCACAAACACAACCACCACAAACACCACUGGCCUCACGCCGAGUACCGGCAUGACCACCAUAUCCGAGAUGCCAUACCCAGACGAAACAAGUCUGCAUGCCACAAAUGUCGCACAGUCCCUUGGGCCAACCCCUGUCUGCUUACAGCUGACAGAAGAAGACUUGGAGACCAAUAAGCUGGACCCAAAAGAAGUUGAUAAGAACCUCAAGGAAAGCUCUGACGAGAACCUCAUGGAGCAUUCUCUUAAGCAGUUCAGCGGGCCAGACCCAUUGAGCAGUACGAGCUCCAGCCUGCUUUAUCCACUCAUAAAGCUUGCCGUGGAAGUGACUGGACAGCAGGACUUCACACAGGCUGCAAAUGGCCAAGCAUGUUUAAUACCUGAUGUUCCGCCUGCUCAGAUCUAUCCUCUCCCGAAGCAACAGAACCUUCCUAAGAGACCUACUAGUUUGCCUUUGAACACCAAAAAUUCAACAAAAGAACCCCGGCUAAAAUUUGGCAGCAAGCACAAAUCAAACUUGAAACAAGUGGAAACUGGAGUUGCCAAGAUGAAUACAGUCAGUGCAGUAGAACCUCACGUGGUGACGGUCACUAUGAAUGGUGUGGCAGGGAGAAGCCACGGUGUUAAUUCCCACGCUGCCACAACCCAGUAUGCCAACGGGGCAGUGCCAUCUGGCCAGGCAGCCACCAUCGUGGCACACAGGGCUCAGGAAAUGCUGCAGAAUCAGUUUGUCGGUGAGGAGACCCGGCUGAACAUCAACUCCAGUCCUGAUGAGCAUGAACCGUUGCUGAGACGGGAGCAGCAAGCUGGUCAUGACGAGGGGGUUCUGGAUCGCUUAGUAGACAGGAGGGAACGGCCACUAGAGGGUGGCCGAACUAAUUCCAAUAACAACAACAACAGCAAUCCGUGUUCAGAACAAGAUGUACGUACACAGGGUGUUACAAGCACAGCUCCAGAUCCUGGGCCAUCAAAGCCCAGAAGAGCACAGAGGCCCAAUUCUCUGGAUCUUUCAGCCACAAAUAUCCUGGAUGGUGGCAGUAUACAGAUAGGUGAGUCAACGCAAGACGGCAAAUCAGGAUCUGGUGAGAAGAUCAAGAAACGUGUGAAAACUCCAUACUCUCUUAAGCGGUGGCGCCCCUCCACCUGGGUCAUCUCCACUGAACCCCUGGACUGUGAGGUCAACAGCAGCAGUGACAGGGUCAUGCACUCUAAAUCUAGCACUGCCGUGUACCUCGCGGAGGGGGGCACCGCCACAACCAUGGUGUCUAAAGAUAUGGGGAUGCAUUGUCUGUGAGGGCUUUCAAGCCUAUGGAGUGAAUUUAUUUUUUUUGCAUCAUUUAAACGUGCAGAAGACAUUUAAAAACAAACUGCUUUACCCUGUCAGCACCCUCCCACCCAUGCAACAGGACUUGCUUGAAAUAGGUUCAGCUAUGCAGAAAUUUUAGCUUAUGCUUCCAUAUUUUUUAAUUUUGUUUUUUAAGUUUUGCACUUUUGUUUAGUCUUGCUAAAGUUAUAUUUGUCUGUUAUGACCACAUUAUAUGUGUGCAUAUCAAAAGUGGUCUCAAAAUAUUUUUUUAAGAAAAAAGCAAAAACAAUGUAUUGCUGAUAAUCAGUUUGGACCAUUUUCUAAAGGUCAUUAAAACCGAAGCAAAUGAAGACAGGUUUGACUGCAGUGGUGUCUGGUAUCCAUGUUUUGUUUCUGGGCACAAGCUAGUUUAUAUGUCAGUGUGUUUUUGAACAUAUUAUCUGUUGGACAUUCUUUUCUCUUGUAUUUUAUUUGAAUGUGCAAUAGUCUUUAGACCACAGAGAAGCUUUCUUACCAGCUCUCUUCUAGCAGGGUACACAUCUUCCACUGUUGAAACAUUUCCCCUGUUCUUCGAUGAUAUGAAUAGUCUCUUGCUUUCUCCUCGGAGGGAAUGCAUAGGCACUGUGCAGAGGCUCCAAGAAGGACUUCCCAAACCCUUUUCUGAAAUGCCGUUGUCUUUUAACCUCCAAACACUAAGUGUCUCCUUCCAGGCAUUUCAACAAGCAUGUUGGUUCUGAUUUUGGAAGUUCAUAAGAGAGCGUAGAACAAAACAAAAGGAAGCAAAUAUUAGUCUUUCCAUUUUAUUUUUCUACGUAUGUUCAUGUUCCCUAUUCAUUUAUUUAAGAAAUACUUUUUAUCAGAAAAUUUAUAGAACCAAACUUACAUGGAAUUUUUAAGUAAGUAGAUGGGCAAGGUGAUAUAGUGUAGGAACUCUGAUUUUCUGACCAUCACAAAUUAAAUUUCAUUUCCUAUUUAUAAUAACUUCAGAAAAAGUCAUAGUUUUGAACCUAUAGUAUCUUUUAUUGUUUCCCAGCAAAGCUUGGCAGCUUUAUGUAAAAAACGGUUCCUCUUCCCAUGACCUAAAACACUGUGUGGAAAGCUCAGUCAACCAGCAUGCCCGAUCCCCUGGAAGAAGGGCUUGCUGCCAGACUGGAGACUGUCGGGCAGACUAAGAUUGACCCUCUUUCUUCUGCUAACUUUCUUUGCUGAUCCUGGUUUCAUGAUUUCUCCUUUUACUGGCUUCACGUGCCCUUCAACUGGAAGAGCAUCUAGUAUUCAUGCUGUAGCCAAGCAUGCCUCUAGUGACAACCUGGAAGUCACUGUCACACUCCUUUGCUUCUUGUCACUAAUGAUCUCUGAAACAGGCUCUGUGUCUUUCAGAAAAGCACUUUCUGUCAUUACGGGGGAAUUUUCCCUAAACAUUGUUUCCUGCCAGUUUGCAAGCAAAUUGUUCUCAUGUUUUCACAUUCUCAGAAUCCUUGAUAUCCAUUAUCUGAUUAUGUUUUACAUUUUUGCAGGGGGGAGAUACAAAAGUUAGUAGAAAUCUCCAAAUUCCUGAUUUCAGUUCUCAUGUCCUGAACCCCAUUUUCUCAUUUGUAAUCCUCCACCCUUACCAUUUACUAAAGACAGCCCACUUCUCCCAGUGUGCUGUCCCAGUGCUGGUGACUUCCUUGUCUGAGCCACCUUUGACCUGCCAUCUGCUCUGCUGCUCCAAUGUGACAGCGUUGAAAACAUUUAUUCAGCCGGAUUGCUGACUCUCGAGUUCUCAGUUCUUAGGAUUAAGAUUAUCUCAUUUGUGCCCAGGGUUCCCUCUCACUUUUGUGUUUUAUUGGCCCUUCUUGUGGUUCAGGUUAGUUUAUUUGUUUUGUGUUUGUUUUCCUGACAGGGUUUCUCUGUGUAGC